AUGGCGAGGCUCAGCCGGCGCGUCCCUUGCACCCUGCUCCUCGGCCUGGCCGCCGUGCUGCUGAAGGCGAGGCUGGUCCCUGCGGCCGCCAGAGCUGAGCUCAGCCGCUCCGACCUCAGUCUCAUCCAGCAGCAGCAGCAGCAGCAGCAGCAGCAACGGCAGCGGGAGGAAGCCGAGGAGGAGAGGCCAGAGGUGCCCGGGGCAUCCUCUACCGUCACUGCUCCCGUGUCUGUAUUUAUGCUGAAAGUCCAGGUGAAUGACAUCAUCAGUCGUCAGUACCUGAGUCAAGCAGUUGUAGAAGUGUUUGUAAAUUACACGAAGACAAAUUCCACAGUAACCAGAAACAAUGGAGCAGUGUUGAUAAGAGUACCCUACAAGUUAGGACUCAGCCUAACCGUUAUUGCUUACAAAGAUGGCUAUGUGUUGACACCUCUGCCUUGGAAGACUGGAAGAAUGCCAAUAUAUUCAUCAGUUACACUUUCACUGUUCCCGCAAAGCCAAGCAAAUAUAUGGCUAUUUGAAGACACUGUUUUAAUUACUGGAAAAUUAGCUGAUGCUAAAUCUCAACCAAGUGUUCAGUUUUCAAAAGCCUUAAUUAGACUACCCAACAGCCAUCACAUUAGCAACGUUACAGGCUACCUUACAGUCCUACAACAGUUUUUGAAAGUGGAUAAUUUUCUGUAUACGACUGGAAUUACUCUCAAUAAGUCAGGUUUUGAAGGCAAUGAACUGACUCCUCUUGCUGCAAUAUGUGUGAAAAUAUAUUCUGGAGGAAAAGAAUUAAAGGUGGAUGGCUCUAUUCAAAUUUCUCUCCCACUUCUACGUACAAAUGGUAUAAGUGCAGGGGAUCACAUACCUGCCUGGACAUUUGAUAUGAACACAGGUGCUUGGGUAAAUCAUGGCCGGGGAAUGGUCAAGGAAUAUAACAAUCAUUUAAUUUGGACAUACGAGGCACCUCAUUUGGGCUACUGGGUAGCAGCUCCACUUCCAGGAACUAGAGGGUCAGGUAUAAAUGGAGAUUCAAAGGACAUAACUGCCUACCACACAGUGUUUCUUUCAGCCAUAUUAGGAGGAACAAUAGUCAUUGUCAUUGGAUUUUUUGCUGUACUUCUUUGUUAUUGCAGGGAUAAGUGCGGUACUCCGCAGAAAAGAGAAAGAAAUAUCACUAAACUUGAGGUCCUCAAGAGAGACCAGACAACUUCAACAACUCACAUAAACCACAUCAGCUCAGUCAAAGUUGCAUUAAAAACCGAGGACAAGUCACAGUUAUUCAGUGCCAAAAGCUCCUCGUACAACCCUCAGAAAAAGGAACCAUCAAAGGUAGAAGCAGAAGAAAGAGUUUCCAUGGUAAAAACUCGGGACGGUUUAAAAAUCUACAAUGAAGAUGUUUCAUUUCUGUCAGUCAAUCAAAAUCAUUACUCAAGAAACCCAGCUCAGUCUUUGGAGCCCAAUGUAGGGUCCAAACAACCUAAACAUAUUAACAACAAUAUAUCUUCAUCUCUAGGUGAUGCUCAAGAGGAAAAGAGGUAUCUCACAGGUAAUGAAGAUGUGUAUGGGCAUUCUCACAUUCCAGAACAGCUUAUGCACAUCUACAGCCAGCCCAUUGCCAUCCUUCAAACAUCUGACCUCUUCUCCACUCCAGAGCAGUUACAUACUGCUAAGUCAGCUACUUUGCCAAGAAAGGGACAGUUAGUCUAUGGCCAAUUGAUGGAACCAGUAAAUAGAGAGAACUUUACACAGACAUUGCCCAAAAUGCCAAUGCAUUCUCAUGUACAGCCUCCAGAUGCCAGGGAAGAGAAUAUCCCACUCGAAGGUCAACAGAGCUUGCCAUCCCAAACUUCAGAUUGGAGCCGGUAUUCAAACAGCCUACUAGAAUCUGUUUCUGUUCCUGGAACACUAAAUGAAGCUGUUGUAAUGACUCCCUUUUCAUCAGAGCUUCAAGGAAUUUCAGAACAGACCCUCCUAGAACUGUCCAAAGGAAAGCCCUGCCCCCAUCCCAGAGCCUGGUUUGUGUCUCUUGAUGGAAAGCCAGUCGCACAAGUGAGGCACUCCUUCAUAGACCUGAAAAAGGGCAAGAGAGCCCAGAGCAACGACACGAGUCUGGACUCUGGGGUAGACAUGAAUGAGCACCACUCAAGUAGAAAACUGGAGAGGGAAAAAACGUUCAUCAAAAGUAUGCAUCAGCCUAAGAUCCUUUACUUAGAAGAUUUAGACCUGAGCAGUAGUGAGAGUGGAACCACUGUCUGCUCCCCCGAGGACCCAGCUUUAAGGCACUUCCUAGAUGGAGGGAGUGGAGCUAUCAUGGAGCACCCUGGGGAAGAGUCCCCAGGAAGAAAAAGCACCGUUGAAGAUUUUGAAGCCAAUAUAUCCCCCACUAAGAAAAGGGGAAGACCACCACUAGUCAAAAAAGAUAGCAAGACUAACAUCUGGAAGAAGCGAGAGGAACGCCCACUGAUUCCCAUCAAUUAACACCAAGAGUGGUUGUGUCUCUGCUGUCUCGUGCUGUUUAUUCUUGCUUCUUGUUGUAAACUGCCGUGUGAACUUCUGCAGAAGUUGAGACUGAGCAAUCUCAUGGUCCCUGGACAUGUC